AUGGAGAUCAAAUUAAUCUUGAAACCCCCAAUACAAAUGGUAAAAAUACCAUGGAGGAAUAACAACUUUACUACUGAGGAUAAGGAUGUUCCUUUAUCUGAGGAAGCAGAGAUAUUCAUUGGAGUCUAUCUGCUGGUUUUAGGUUGGCUCUCCUGGCUUGGAAACAGUAUGGUUAUAUUGGUUCUUUACAGACAGAGACAUGUCCUCCAGCCUACAGAUUUACUGACUAUAAACCUUGCUGUCUCUGAUGUGAGCAUAGCUGUGUUUGGAUAUUCCAGAGGCGUUGUGGAAAUAUUCAACAUUUUUAAAGAUAAUGGAUAUGUCACUUCAUGGAUCUGGACCUGUCAGGUGAAUGGAUUUGUAACCCUACUUUUUGGUCUCGCCACUAUCAACACCCUUACAGCCAUCAGUGUUACCAGAUACAUUAAAGGAUGUCACACAAAUAAAGCACAUUGUCUGAGCAGAAACACAAUGUUUAUAUCCAUUAUCAUCAUCUGGAUGGGAGCACUCUUCUGGUCCAUGGUUCCUCUGCUUGGCUGGGACAGUUAUACAGACAGUGGCUAUGGUACAUGUGAGGUGGACUGGUCCAAAGCGAAAUAUUUCACUUUAUAUAAGUCCUUCAUUAUUUCCCUCCUUACUACAUGCUUCAUCAUCCCUGUCCUGAUCAUACUCUUCUGCAACACGUCCAUACUGAAAAUGAAGAGCUGGAAGGUUACGUUGACUGACAGCUACUUCUACGAGAGGAGGAAAGUGGAAAGAGAUGUGAACAGGGUGUCCAUUGGGAUCUGCACAGCCUUCACCCUGGCAUGGUCUCCCUAUAUAGUCGUAUCUACAUGUUCUGCCUGGGGUGUUCAUGUGCCCAACACAGGUAGAGUCUUUGUUAACCUCCUGGCAAAGUCUGCUUGCUGUUACAACACAUUUAUCUACCUCAUUCUAAGCUCCAAAUUCCGCAUGGAUGUCGCCGCCCUGGUGUCCUGUUUCUCCGAGCCGAAGGACGAUGUCCGUCUUCAGCACUUCAAAGCACUUAAACCCAAGUUUGAGUUCGUGCUGGGAGAUGUAAACCAAACCAAAGUGGAGCAUCUAGUGCAGGACAAAGAUUCAAGUGGUCUUCAUACAGUCAGGAAGGAAGACUUAAAUAGCUUGUAUCUCCAAGGUUCUGAUUUGCCAGAGUAUGAAAGUAACCAUCUUUGAAAGAC